GAAUUAAUUAAUGACAGUUGUAGUUGUCAGAUUUGAUGAUAGAAUAAUUUUGAGAGGUUAUUUCAUAAUAUGUAAAAAAACGUUAAUCCGUUAAUUUCAGAAUAUGAAAUGCGUCAACUCUAUCUUUAACUAAUUUUUCGGGGUGUUAACGACGAAAACGUAUUAUCUGUUGUAAUGGGCGAUGUAAAUCAUUCCUCGGAUUCUAAAGAUAACGAUAUAGAUGAAAAAAUACGUUCGUUAGAAAACGAAAAGAAAAAAAUCCGGGAUGAAUUCGACAGCCAACGGGCGAAAAUGAAGGAACUUUUUCUACAAAAAGAAGAUGAGCUACAAAGAAAAAUAUUAGAAAAUAAUCAACUACUUUUAGACCUGGAAAAAAACAAAUCCGCUUUAGACGAGAUUAAAUCCCAGUUAUGUGUGGCCAAUUUACAACUUGAAUCGAAAGUUGAAGUUGAAAAACGCAAAGCUGCUGAAGAGAUCGCUUCAUUACAACAAUUAGUUCAUGAAACUGUUGAGGAAUCAAGCAGUUCAAAAAGCAUUUUUAAUUCUGAAGUUGGAAAGUUAAGAAGCCUCAUUGAACAUUUACAACGUGAUAAUUACGAAUUACGAAGUGAGUUACAUAAUACGCAGGAGCAAUCUAGUUUAGCUCCAGGGUUGGUGCUUAGUGCUGUUACAAAGAAAUUGAAGAAAUUUGGUGCUGAUGCUUUCACUACACAGGAUAAUUCGGAAGAAAUCAAGAUCCGCGAAGAAGAAGACGUGGAGCUUUUAAAAUCUCUUGUUGUACCUUUAGAAGAAGAAAUAAAAGCGUUAAAAGUUAAGUUACGAGCUACCGAUGAGCAGCUUCAAAAAUGUAUCCAAUGCGGCCAUUUCAACGACGCCCAAGAGAGCGGUUCAAAAGUCGAUUCAUCGCUUCAAGAAGACGCGAAAUUAACCGUUCAAUGCAUGUCAACGAAUACCUCUUUUGAAGCUGUUAAAAGCGGCGAUGGAAUUUGCGAUAUGUGCAGUAAUUACGAAGCUCAACUCGUAAAGGAGCAACAACUUUGUUCUGAGUUAAAAGGGAAAGUUGUUGCUGCGGAAAAAGCCGCGGAACGACACCGAGAAGAUUUAUUAAAAGAAAUCGGGUUUAGAAAGGAUAUGGAGGAAAAAUGGAACGAGAAAAAGGAAGAGCAUAGAAAACAAGUUGCCGAAUUAACCUGUAGAACUGAGUGUGCGGAGCAAGACUUAAAAGAGUUGCAACAAACGUUUAAACAAACCUGCGACGACAUUGGAGUGAAUUUGAGGGGAUUAAAAAGCGAUCGGGAAACGAUCCAACAAGAAUUAGAAAAAUUACAAAACGAGAAUGAUCACCUCAUUGGCAAAUACAGCGUUCAUUCCCAACAAUUACAAAGUGAGAUUAUUAAUCUGCCAAAUACGGUUCAAGAAUUACACGAACACAUCUUAAAUUCACACCAAGAUCUUAUUAUAGCUAAAAUAGGCAAAGAGGAGGUUGAAAACAAAGCUUACGCCCUCCAAUCGGAUAUUGUUAUUAAAGAAAGCAUAAUAACUAGUUUAAAAAAAGAUUUAUCUAUGGCACAACAAGAAAUUGAACAUUUAACAACAAAUCAAGUUGAAUUAAUGUUAAAAUCGAAACAAGCGGAGAAAAAAUGCGAAGAAAUCCAACAAAAGCUUUAUUUGGAUAAAGAAAUUUGCGAAAAAUUAGAAUCCGCGAAGAAAUCCUUAGAGGAUCAAAAUAGCGAAUUAAAAACUCAAAUAUCUUCUUUGCAACAAGAAUUAGAUACAAGCGAGACGGUUCAAAAAGACUUUGUUAGGUUAUCUCAAAGCUUACAGGUACAAUUAGAAAAAAUACGCGAUUCUGAUACUCAAGUUCGAUGGCAACACGACGAAGACGUUGAUGAAUGUCCGAUGUGUCGCGUGGCUUUUUCCGCUUCGAAACGAAAACAACAUUGUCGUCAUUGUGGGCAAAUUUUUUGCGUAACCUGUUUGGUGCGCUCGGUGCCAAGCGGGCCAAAUCAGCGACCGUCGAAGGUUUGCGAUGUGUGCCACACUUUGCUAGUCAAAUCUUCUGCUCCAUAUUUUAGCACCGAAGCUCCUCAUUCCCCCGAUUAAGUAAUAAUAAUUCAAUUUUAAAAUCUAAGUGUUACAUUGUAUCUUGUUAUUUUAAAAAAAAUCGAAAAAAU